GCGGCCUCUGCGGGCGGCGCAUCUUCCGAAAUGGUGCCCUGGAUGCGGACGUUCGCGGGGAAGCUGAGGCAGCGGCUGCGGCUGGACGUGGGGCGCGAGGUCUGCCGGCAGUACCCGCUGUUCUGCUUCCUGCUGCUGUGCCUCAGCGCCGCCUCGCUGCUCCUCAACAGGUAUCUUCAUGUCUUAAUGAUCUUCUGGUCAUUUGUUGCCGGAGUUGUGACGUUCUACUGCUCCUUAGGGCCUGAUUCUCUCUUACCAAAUAUAUUCUUCACAAUAAAAUACAAACCCAAGCAGUUAGGACUGCAAGAAUUAUUUCCUCAAGGUCACAGCUGUGCUGUUUGUGGUAAAGUGAAAUGUAAACGACACAGACCUUCCUUGCUACUUGAAAACUACCAGCCAUGGCUAGACCUGAAAAUCUCUUCCAAGGUUGAUGCAUCUCUCUCAGAGGUUCUUGAAUUAGUGUUGGAAAACUUUGUUUAUCCGUGGUACAGGGAUGUGACAGAUGAUGAGUCCUUUGUUGAUGAGCUGAGGGUAACAUUACGGUUUUUUGCAUCUGUCUUAGUACGAAGGAUUCACAAGGUGGAUAUUCCUUCUAUUAUUACCAAGAAACUAUUAAAAGCAGCAAUGAAACAUAUAGAAGUGAUAGUGAAAGCCAGACAGAAAGUUAAAAACACGGAGUUUUUACAACAAGCAGCUUUAGAAGAAUAUGGUCCAGAGCUUCAUGUGGCUUUGAGAAGUCGAAGAGAUGAAUUACAGUAUUUAAGGAAACUUACUGAAUUACUUUUUCCUUAUAUACUGCCUCCUAAAGCAACAGACUGCAGGUCCCUAACCUUACUUAUAAGAGAGAUCCUUUCUGGUUCUGUGUUCCUUCCUUCUUUGGAUUUCCUGGCUGAUCCAGAUACUGUGAAUCACCUACUACUUAUCUUCAUAGAUGACAGUCCACCCGAAAAAGCAACAGAACCAGCUUCCCCUUUGGUUCCGUUUUUGCAGAAAUUUGCAGAACCCAGAAAUAAAAAACCAUCUGUGCUGAAGUUAGAAUUGAAGCAAAUCAGAGAACAACAAGAUCUUUUGUUUCGUUUUAUGAAUUUUCUGAAGCAAGAAGGAGCAGUGCACGUCUUGCAGUUUUGUCUGACUGUUGAGGAAUUUAAUGAUAGGAUUUUGCGACCAGAGUUAUCCAAUGAGGAAAUGUUAUCUCUUCAUGAGGAGUUGCAGAAGAUUUAUAAAACAUAUUGUUUGGAUGAAAGUAUUGACAAAAUUAGAUUUGAUCCUUUCAUUGUAGAAGAAAUUCAAAGAAUUGCCGAAGGCCCAUACAUGGAUGUUGUGAAACUUCAGACAAUGAGGUGUCUCUUUGAAGCAUAUGAGCAUGUUCUUUCCCUCUUGGAGAGCGUGUUUACCCCCAUGUUCUGCCACAGUGAUGAGUAUUUCAGACAACUUUUAAGAGGUGCAGAAUCACCAACACGCAAUUCAAAAUUCAACAGAGGUAGCCUAAGUUUGGAUGAUUUUCGAAGUACACAGAAAAGAGGAGAAUCAUUUGGAAUCAGCAGAAUUGGUAGCAAGAUUAAAGGCGUGUUCAAGAGCACCACCAUGGAGGGAGCAAUGCUGCCCAAUUAUGGUCUGACUGAGGGGGAAGAUGAUUUUAUUGAAGAAGGUAUUGUUGUCAUGGAAGAUGAUUCUCCAGUAGAAGCUGUGAGCACGCCUAAUACUCCUCGAAACCUUGCUGCAUGGAAAAUUAGUAUUCCAUAUGUAGACUUUUUUGAGGAUCCUUCCUCUGAAAGGAAGGAGAAGAAGGAGAGAAUUCCUGUGUUUUGCAUUGAUGUGGAAAGAAAUGACAGAAGAGCAGUUGGACAUGAACCUGAACAUUGGUCUGUCUAUAGAAGAUACCUUGAAUUCUAUGUACUUGAAUCAAAACUAACAGAAUUUCAUGGCACAUUUCCUGAUGCCCAGCUUCCAUCCAAGAGGAUCAUUGGUCCCAAAAACUAUGAAUUCUUAAAGUCAAAGAGAGAAGAAUUUCAGGAAUAUCUACAGAGACUUCUGCAGCAUCCAGAACUGAGUAAUAGUCAACUUCUGGCAGAUUUUUUGUCCCCUAAUGGUGGGGAAACACAGUUUCUUGACAAGAUACUACCAGAUGUUAAUCUUGGGAAAAUUAUAAAGUCUGUUCCUGGAAAACUAAUGAAAGAGAAAGGUCAACAUUUGGAACCUUUCAUCAUGAAUUUCAUUAAUUCUUGUGAAUCUCCAAAACCCAAACCAAGUCGACCAGAGCUCACCAUCCUCAGCCCCACCUCAGAAAACAACAAGAAGCUUUUCAGUGACCUGUUCAAGAAUAAUGCAAACCGUGCUGAGAAUACAGAGAGAAAGCAAAAUCAGAACUAUUUCAUGGAGGUGUUGACUGUUGAAGGAGUCUACGAUUACCUGAUGUAUGUAGGACGAGUGGUUUUCCAGGUUCCUGACUGGCUUCAUCAUCUUCUCAUGGGCGCACGCAUCCUCUUUAAAAACACUCUUGAGAUGUAUACUGACUACUAUCUUCAGCGCAAACUAGAGCAACUGUUUCAGGAGCACCGUUUGGUUUCUCUAAUAACGAUUCUCAGAGAUGCUAUAUUUUGUGAAAAUACUGAACCUCGAUCUCUCCAAGAUAAGCAAAAAGGAGCAAAACAGACUUUUGAAGAAAUGAUGAAUUACGUUCCAGACCUGAUGGUGAAGUGUAUUGGUGAAGAAACCAAGUAUGAAAGCAUUAGACUUCUGUUUGAUGGCGUACAGCAGCCAGUGCUCAACAAGCAGCUUACCUAUGUUUUGUUGGACAUCGUGAUACAAGAACUAUUUCCAGAGCUCAAUAAGGUGCAAAAAGAAGUUACCUCCGUGACACCAUGGAUGUAAACGCUUGGAUCUGGUAUAGGAUAACACUAUACUAGUAUUCUAGAAGUGUACUUUUUUCUUCUACUUUUGUAUAUUCUUAUGUAUAUAUAUUAUGUACUUCAGUGUUUGAAAUAUGUAUAUUUUUUGUUUUAAUAAAGACUAACACAAAUGCUAA